AUGCCCAAUAAGAUAAGGAAUAUUAAAACUGUUGACACUACGUCAUUUCCAUAUAUUUUUGAGAAAAACGUAGACAUACCGUUAAAAACUGAUACUAGUGGUGGAAGUCUCGUAAGAGCCAACAUUUAUCGACCUAAGAAAGACGGAAAGUAUCCGGUUUUGGUCACUUAUGGGCCCUAUGGAAAAGACAUCCAUUAUGAAGACUUUCACCCCAAGUCUUAUGCAGAGGUAGACAUUGAACAGCACUCAGAUCAUGCUGCCUGGGAGGUUCCGUCGCCAACUUUUUGGACUAAGCAAGGAUAUGUAGUAGUCAGAGUUGAUGAGAGAGGCACAGGUCAGUCUCCGGGGUUAUUGGAUACAAUGUCUCGGGGUACAAGUGACGCCUUUUAUGAUGUGAUCGAAUGGGCUUCAGAACAAAAUUGGAGCUCUGGGAAUGUUGGGCUCUUGGGCAUCAGCUAUUUUGGGGGUAGCCAGUGGAGAGUUGCAGCCAGACGUCCUCGAGGCUUGAAAGCGAUCGUACCUUGGGAAGGUAUGUCAGAUUAUUAUAGGGAUAGAGUCCGUCAUGGAGGCAUUCUCUCAAACGGAUUCAUUUCUUUCUGGUGGAAUAGACAAGUUUUGAGUAAUCAGUACGGCUUGCCGGGUAGGGCAGCGAGAAAUUGGGGAGAAGACACCAUUGAAGGGGAUUUAACUGAUCAGGAACUUAUUUCAAAUCGAAGGGAUCAGACCGUCGAUACUGCCCAAUUUGAGAAUCGGGAUGAAGAAUAUUAUUCUUCUAAAGAAUUCAAGUUAGAAGAUAUUCAAGUCCCAGUUCUUAGUGUAGCUAAUUGGGGAGGAAUCAUGCUUCAUCUUAGAGGAAACUUUGAAGGGUUCAAUCACGCGGGUUCUAAAUUGAAAUUUCUUCGAACAAUAGUAGGUAGGCACGAUUUACCUUUCUAUUAUAAACAGUAUGUGAAUCUUCAAAAGUCGUUUCUUGAUGCUUUUUUGAAGGACGACGAUAGAGAUGGUUGGUCAGAAGGAAAAGUUCCCAAAGUUGAGAUUCUUUUAAGAAAGGGAAAUGUAGGUUUUAAUAAUCCGGAAGGAGAAGCCACAUUUCAGACUCGAAUUGAAAAGGAAUGGCCUCUUGAGAGAACAAAAUACACUAGAUAUUACUUGACUAGUGAUGGUGCUUUGACCUCUUCAGAACCUCUUAACCAAAACAGCUCGUCGUUGACAUACAGAGCAAAUACUACUCUCGAUGACCAGGAUGCUAUCAAUUUUACUACGGAUCCCUUCGAAAAGGAAACAGAAAUCACAGGACAUAUUACAGCUCAGUUAAACGUGUCUGUCGACGACGAAAAAGUUACCCCAUCAGAAAUUGAUAUUUUUGUUACUUUGCGUCAUCUUGAUUCAAAAGGAAAAGAGGUAUUUUACACCGGUACUGCUGGUGAUCCAGUUCCCUUAUGUAAGGGCUAUUUAAGAGUAUCUCAUAGAAAGAUAAAUGAAGAUCAUCCUUGGCACAGGCCAUAUCUCCCUUACAGAACUUAUUAUAAAGAAGACAAACAGGAAGUCGAACCAAACAAUGUAUACACAGUUACUAUAGAAAUUUGGCCAACAAACGUAGUACUUGAAAAAGGAAAUAAACUAGUCCUCGAGGUUUCUGGAGGUGACACGCAAGGGUGUGACAGAUUCCAGCAUAAUCACCCAAAGGACAGAAAUUUUGAAAAGCUUGGAAAAACAAACAGACUUCAUUUCCGUCCGCUGUUCCAAAAUUAUAUAGUACUUCCAGUCAUCCCUGGAAAUGAAUAA